UCCACCGGCUCGUGACGUCACCCCCACUCGAACGCCCGCUCUUCGUUUUUCACGCACGAGCCCGGCGCGCGUCCUUUGUGUUUUGUGUUCGUUCGUCAGCCAUUCAUUGGCGGCGGGCAGGUGGCCGACAUGGGCAACUGUCUGACGGUCGGCCCCAACGAAGCCUUGGUGGUCUCUGGUGGCUGCUGCGCAGCGGAUUCCAAGACCUACGUGGUGGGCGGCUGGUCGUGGGCUUGGUGGCUCCUCUCCGACACGCAAAGAAUCACCUUGGAGAUAAUGACGCUGCAGCCGCGCUGCGAGGACGUGGAGACGGCGGAGGGCGUGGCCAUCACCGUCACAGGCGUGGCUCAGGUGAAGGUGAUGACGGAGCAGGACCUCCUGGCCCUGGCGUGCGAGCAGUUCCUGGGCAAGUCGGUCAUGGAGAUCAAAGCGGUGGUCCUGCAGACCCUGGAGGGACACCUGCGCUCCAUCUUAGGAACGUUGACGGUGGAGCAGAUCUACCAAGAUCGGGACCGCUUUGCCAAACUGGUACGGGAGGUGGCGGCGCCCGACGUGGGUCGCAUGGGCAUCGAGAUCCUCAGCUUCACCAUCAAGGACGUGUACGACAAGCUGGACUACCUGAGCUCGCUGGGCAAGACCCAGACGGCCGCCGUCCGCCGGGACGCCGACAUCGGGGUGGCGGAAGCCGAGCGGGACGCCGGGAUUCGGGAAGCCGAGUGCAAGAAGGAGAUGUUGGACAUCAAGUUCCAGGCCGACACCAAGAUGGCCGACUCCAAGCGAGAACUGGAGCUGCAGAAAGCCGCCUUCAACCAGGAAGUCAACACCAAGAAAGCCGAGGCCCAGCUGGCGUACGAGCUGCAGGCGGCCAAGGAGCAGCAGAAGAUCCGCCUGGAGGAGAUGGAGAUCGAGGUGGUGCGGCGCCGCAAGCAGAUCGCCGUCGAGGAACGGGAGGUCCGGCGCACCGACAAGGAGCUGGUCGCCAACGUCAAGCGGCCCGCCGAGGCCGAAGCCUUCAAGAUGCGGCGGCUUGCCGAAGGAUACAAGAAGAAGCGCGUGCUCAUCGCGCAGGCCGAGGCGGAGAAGAUCCGAAAGAUCGGCGAGGCGCAGGCCGCGCGCGCGGAGGCGGUGGGCAAGGCCGAGGCCGAGAAGAUGAGGCUCAAGGCCGAGGCCUACCGGCGCUACGGCGACGCCGCCAAGACCGCCCUGGUCCUGCAGGCUCUGCCCGAGAUCGCCGCCAAGGUGGCGGCGCCGUUGGCCAAGACCGACCGGAUCGUCAUCCUGGGUGAAGAUGGCGGCGGCGGCGGCGGCGGCCAUGUCACGGGCCAGGUCGACCGACUCCUGGCGGAACUCCCCGCUUCGGUUAACGCGCUGGCGGGCGUCGACUUCACCAAGAUUCCGCUGCUGCAGAAGAUGGCCAAGACCAGCGGCUGAAGGGUGGCGGCGCUGGAGCCGGAUCGGUGACCAGAAAACUCCUUUGGUGCCUUCGCCGACCUUGGAGCGCCCCUCACGGUCUGCCGCUGGCACCGCGCGGCGGCGCUGAGCCAAGCUUUCUGCCAGCUGCUUCCUUUUCUUCUGAUUUGUCAUCGUCGUCGUCGUCUUCACUUUGGGCAGCGUUGGAAAUCACUCUUGAGCCACGACGGCGGAGCUGUCAAACGCGUUUGCACCCGGUUGGAGCUCGAGCGGGCCCCGCCGGCCGCACGGUUUAUUUGGGCCGUUCCAAAGUUUUGCCAUUUUGCGCUGCAAAUCGUUCCAAGUCGGAAACGAUGCACUUGGAUUUUUGCUGCAAAUCUGACAGCUGCCGUGGCGUUCACCCGUUUCGCAUCUUUAGCUGUGCUCAUACUGCGGCUCGAUUGCGCUUUUUGUUUUGCCCGCGUGACAUUUGUUUUUCUCCCGUGCGCUCCCCUUCCUGUCACCGUCAACGACCGUCUGAUGUGAGCGCAGUGUGGAUGCUCGGGUGGCGCUCAUCUGGCGUACACGUCGACAAAAGGUCUCGCACUUGUCGGACAAAACAGAUGGCGAAGGCCGAGCGGGGAGAAGAUGAGGUGGGAAAAAAUUUGCCCCGCUUGCACAAAAUCCUUCAAAUUGUCACAACCGAUGCGUCCCGCGCGCCCUCCACAGGACAAGUUGCGUUUGCUUUGAGAAUGUGGACGAUGACAUCAAAAAAUCCCAAUUGGGGACGGUGCCCUGCGCUGUCAAUGUAGCCACAAGCUGUCAUGUUUGUAAAGCAACCGGCUAACAUCGAGAAAGGAUGUUGGAUGGACACGCAUUUCUGCAAAUCUCGACAAGCUCGAGGGACUCAUCUCGCAAUACCAACUCAAGCGGCGACUGUUUUUCUUCACAGGGCGCAACUCCCAAUCGGAAUCCCAUUCCGAUUGAUUGGCCUCGUUGGGAUUGCAUACGGACGUCUGUCUGCAUGUCCCUGUCGCGUUCGAUAUGCCAACACAUUUUUGAGGGAAGGCGGUUUUUCUUCUGCUUUUACCGUGAUGUGUGUGUGUGUGUGUUUUUAGUUGACAUGUGACUGUUCAGAUUCUUCUUGAUGUGGUCGAAUGACACUUUAGGUGAACUCGUUUUGGCAGUGACUUGUUGUCAUCCUCAUCUGGGGAACUGAGAAGGAACGAAAAGUCAGAUGUUCAGCCAGGAAACGUCGAGAGCUGCUCCGAAAAUUUCGCUGAGGACAACCCACUCCAAAUAGUGCACACAGCUCUCAUUGGGAUGCAUGACACAACUUUGAUGUGAUAUUGUGAAGCGUCUUUGGCUCCAAUUGGCAUAGGGCUGAACCCUCCCGUGUUCAAAUUGAGUCCAUUUACAGACACAGACCCCCCCCCCCCCAACAUACAUUCGAUUAUUCAGUCCCCACGUCGGUCUAUUCAUUAUUUUUUUAACGAAUUAUUGACCAAUCUCAAUCGUCCAUAUGUAUUCGGAUGAUGCGCUGUUGGUGAGUUAAGUGACGGUCACUUUUCACGCAUGCGCAGAUGAGAUCUACGGGCGGUUGGAUGCUCAGGCCCAUCGCUCGAAAGAUGGACUCGAGGACACGCCCCUUUCAAAAUGACUGCCUAUGCCUACCCUGGGCUUCGCUCAAGAGGGGCAAAGUCAGCAGCCAAGUCUAUUCAUCCGUUUGAACGGCAACAAAAACGUAAACAAAGUUGUACAAACAAUGCAGUGCAAUUACGACGAGUGAACUGGGAAUAAUUUGUUAACAAGAUUAAUAUUCGACUUUUUACACGUUCCAUAUCGGUAGCACAUAUUUGGGAGUUGACAAAAAGUAAAUUCGUAGAGAUCGAUUGAGAAUUGAGCACGACGCACAAUAAUCUCAAUGUCAUCUUUAUUGUUAUCAUGAUUAUUAUUUAAUUAAAAUGUCCACAUUGAUUUUGGUGGGAAUGUGGCCCUUGCCAACACGGCCGCCGAGCAGGCAGGUCCGUUUGCCGGCGUUUUUCCAGCAUGCAGUCGUAUGCAGUCAUCGCUUCCCGUUCGUAUAAAUAAGAAAUAAUUGCUCGGUGCCAUUAAAAUUUCGCUGGU